AUGUCAGGAUCAGUCAAGUGUCUUCAAGUCUUCGUUGCCCUGCUAUGCAUCGUACAAUUUGUCCUUGGAAUUGUCUUCCUUAUUCUGGGAGGCAUGGCGUAUAACAAGUCGGGAGCGGGUUUGAAUGCACACUCGGCCGCCAUAUUUUUGUUGGCCGUUGGCUGUUUCAUCGUUUUAGUGGCCCUGUUUGGUCUGUGCGGCGCCAUCGCUAAGAACUCCUGCCUCUUGAUCGUCACCCAGUGUUGUGGCUACGACGACGUCAAAGAUUGGGAAUCGAACCCGAACUUCAAAGGCGGGAAGUUGCCGAUCAGCUGUUGCAGCAACUCUACCUUCACGGCUACUGCGUGUAGUACUACAUCUUCGGAUGGGUAUCACCAAAUGGUCUGUCGAGAUGUAAUUGAGAUUGUAUUGAAAGGCAUGCUUUAUGGCUUCGGCAUCAUCGCUGCCAUAACUGCCAUUGCCUUGUUCCUUACGUUGUUACUGGCGUCGAUACUAACGAGCCAAAUAAGGAAGGAAUACAAUCCGGUUUAA